AUGAAAACAACCGCGCGCCGGGGGUUAUCUUCCUACGCGUACGCCUCCCAUCCCUCACAACGCUCCUCCCCCACCCCUACAUUCACUUUCACCCCAACAACCACCCUUACCAUGCCCGAAAAGCGCAAACCCUCACAAACCGCCCAAAAUGGCGCCAAAAACAACACCUCCCCACCUCCAAAACGAGGCAAACCCGAUCUGACCACCCCGCACCCCAAUGCCAGACAAACCGAAUCCUUCGGCAUCGUUCUGCGCCAAUUCUACCCUCCCGAAAUGAGCAACGAGCGCUGUCACGCCUACAACAACGAAACCCUUGAACGGCCGAUGCGAACCCUCGAACGAGCCUUCUCUGACACGCAGGAUGUGCGGCGCGCUGUGAAACCCAACGCUGCAGUCGUGCACUGGUUCAAGUCCGAUCUGCGAUUACACGAUAAUCGCGCGUUGCAAAUGGCGUACGAGGUUGCGCGCGAGCAUUGCAUCCCGCUUAUUGGACUUUACAUCCUGUCGCCGGAGGAUCUGACGGCGCAUUUGUGUAGUCCUGCGCGGGUGGAUCUCACGUUGCGGACGCUGGAGACGUUGAAGCGGGAUUUAGGGGAACUGGAGAUUCCGUUGUAUAUGGAGACGCAGGAGAAGCGCGGGGAGAUUCCGGGGCGGGUGGUGGAGUUGUGUCGUGAGUGGGGGGCCAAUCAUCUAUUUGCUAAUAUGGAGUAUGAGGUUGAUGAGCUACGGCGGGAGGCGAAGUUGGUGCGGUUGUGUGUUGAGCAGGGGAUUGCGUUCGAGGCGGUUCAUGAUACUUGUGUGGUUCCACCGGGGUUGCUGAGUAGUCACCAGGGGAGGCAGUAUGCGGUGUACAGUCCGUGGUUUGGGGCGUGGCAGACCUUUUUGAUGGAUAAUCCGGAGUAUUUGGAGGUGUCAGAGGAGCCGGGGGCGAAUCCGGGGGAUGCGAGGAAGAUGCUUAGGGGUCUCUUUGCGAGUGAGGUCCCUGCGGCACUAGAGAACAAGCGAUUGUCCGAGGAAGAAAAGGAGCGGUUUCGUGAGAUGUAUCCGGCGGGGGAGCAUGAGGCUUUGGAUCGUUUGGAAAGGUUUUUGGAGGAGAAGGCGACAGAUUAUGAUGAUAUGCGGAACUCGCUAUCCAAGCAGACUACCUCGGUGUUAAGUCCCUAUUUCGCGUCGGGGUCGCUGAGUGCCAGAACUGCGGUGGCCAACGCGAAGAAGGCCAAUAAAAACCAACUGGAUCGGAACAAUCUGGGAUUUGUGUCUUGGAUCAGUGAGGUGGCUUGGAGGGACUUUUACAAGCAUGUCCUCGUCCAUUGGCCGUUUAUCUGUAUGAAUAAAUGCUUCAAACCCGAGUUUACUGACCUUGAAUGGGAAUAUGACGAGGACUUAUUUAAUGCCUGGUGCGAGGGCAAGACUGGUUUUCCGAUCGUCGACGCUGCAAUGCGGCAAAUCAAUCAUGCGGCCUGGAUGCACAACCGGUCUCGGAUGGUCGUCUCCUCUUUCUUAUCCAAGGAUCUAUUGAUCGACUGGCGGCGUGGUGAGAGGUACUUUAUGGAGCAUCUCAUCGACGGAGACUUUGCCUCCAACCACGGGGGCUGGGGGUUUGGCUCCAGCACCGGAGUCGACCCGCAACCGUAUUUCCGUAUCUUCAAUCCUCUGCGCCAGAGUGAGCGGUUCGAUCCAGACGGCGAGUAUAUACGGCGCUGGGUGCCCGAGCUACGCGAUGUUGAAGGAUCGGCGAUCCACGAUCCUUACGAGCGCGGUGCGGGUGAUAUCGCUGGAAAGAAUGGAUAUCCGAGACCGAUCGUCAAUCAUGCGGCCGCUCGGGAGCGGGCCUUGGAUCGGUAUAAGAGAGCUACUGGGGGAAAGUCAAGUUGA